AAAAGCAACAUCCGAUUCAAGUGUUUGCGCCGUACAAGUCCCAGGCCCCAUGCAACACAACCUGGCCCGGGCGAGGCGACCUGAACCCAUACCCGGCACGUCUAUAUAUUGCCUAGAUCGAACACCACACCACUUGCAAACACACACGCGCGUACUAGCUAGCUCGUGCAAUGGCAUCGGCUGAGUCGACGCAAGUGUCCGUCGUCGUAGGCGGCGUGGCGGCGGCGGCGCCCCGGAGCAAAGCGUGGGAGUGGGAGGGGUGUGUGGUGUCCGCGGUGCAGGCUGCAACGGCGGACGAGGCGUGGGCGUUGCUGUCGGACUUCCUGGCGUUCCACCGGUGGCACCCGCGCGUGGCGGCGUGCCGGCUGGCGUCCGGCACGCCGCGCGCGCCGGGGUGCGUGCGCUACUGCGAGGGCACCCCGGACGGCGACGGGGCGCCACCCGACUGGGCGCACGAGACGCUGCUCGAGCACGACCCCGGCCGCCGCUUCUUCCGCUACGAGAUGAACGACAACAACAUGGGCUUCGGCCGCUUCUUCGCCACGUUCCGCGUCGUCCCCGACGACGCCGCCGGGUGCGAGCUGCGGUGGGAGUUCGAGUGCGAGCCCGUGCGCGGCACUCCCAGGGAGGCGCUGGCGGCGCGGCUGCAGGCGGGGCUCGACGGCAUGGCCGCCCGCGUCCGGGACUACGUCCUGGCGGCGCGCGCGGGCGCCGUGGUGGCUGGAGGACUGGAGGCCGCCGAUGAGCUCAAGCUCGGCAAUUCCAUCGCCGUUUAACUGAACGCGCGCACGUACGCUGUCGUAAUUGUCUCGUUUCUUCUCGUGCUUAAGUUACUGGAUCAUCCUUAAUUAUGCAUGUACGCGCGUAUGAUCAACGGUUGAUUACUGCUUCUCUUAACUUCUGCCCCUUAAUUACCGUACGUGUACUGUAAUGCACUGUGCCGGGAAUAAAUGUAACAGUGUUUAAUGA